ACAGCAGCCUGCUAUAAAACCUCAUGCUCACCGGCGCCGUGCACUCUUCCCUCCUCGCCUUCUCUGAAAAAUACGCGUUUGAAUGAGCGCCUCGUGCAGCAACCGCCGCCUCGCCGCCGCCGCGCGCACUCUCUCGCGCCAGACCGCAGCACACAAGGCGCCCUACGCGACUGUGCGCGGCGCCCCCCAGCCUUUAGCCAGCGAAGAUGGCAUCCCGCCGUCGGAUAAUGACUUCAUCCUCUCGAUCUUGCGAGCCAACCCAUCGCUGAGGGACUCGAAGAACUAUCUCGCGUCGUUUGGUCCCAAACCUGUCCCCGCCCCGACAAAACCUUCCCGACAAACAGAGGCCCUCCUGACGAAAGAGCAGACAGCAGCGGAGCGAUCGGAAAAGCGCGCCCGAGAUCUGCAGGCCCUCCAUGCCAGCCCCGUCGUCCAGUCUAUCCUCAACCCCGUCAAGCGGCGGACGGCCCUCGUUAAGAUGCAGGGUCCCUUCACCGAUGUCCAGCUCGACAGUGUCGCGCGGGGGUUGAUCUACCUCAAGAAGCUAGGCCUGGUCAGCGUUAUCGUUGUCGAGAACGAUGAGCUCGUCCGCGGGGACGAGGGCGAGCGCGCGGCAAUCACGGAGGAGACGAUGCGGGUCGUGCGUGCACUCGAGCGCCUAGGUGCAGCCGCACGGCCGGUGCUGGGGGCAAUGGUCCGCCUUGGCCCUGACCCCGACGCAGUGCAGGUCGACCCGCGUGUUCCUGUUCCCGAAGCCCACACCCGGCCCUUCGACCUGGUAACCCUCCGCUCCGCCCUGCGCGCGGGAGAGAUUCCCGUCAUCAGCCCGCUAGCGCUCGACUCCUUCUGCCGCUCCGUGCGCGUAGACGCCAACGAUGUCAUCGGGGCGCUUGCGAAGGGCAUGGUCGAUGCCGCCGGCAUCGAGUCCUCCCAGGGCGCGGCGGAAGAAGAGGAGGACAUCAGCAACGAGGUCGACCUCACACCGUUGCGGCUCAUGAUCAUCAAUCGCGAAGGGGGUGUUCCGUCCUACGCGCGGCACGGCCUUCCGCACCUGCUCAUCAACCUCGAGAGCGAGUACGAGUACAUCCACGAUACGUUCCAGGAGCCCUGGCACCAUACGCACCGCACCGCGCUCUCCAACCUCGCCCUCGCGCGGACAUGCCUCACGUACAUGCCGCCGACGUCCUCCGCGGUUAUGGUUUCGCAUCGCUCUCCUUCAUCGCUCAUUGGCAACCUCAUCACGAAUAAGCCCGCUGUGAGCUCGAGCCUCCCGCACGCGCUCCUCCAAGGCAACCGCCGCUUGUCUCCCGCGACGCCAACGCUCUUGCGUCGGGGACUCGAGAUUCGCGUCUUGCGAGAUACAAACGCGAUCGACCGGUCGAAGUUGACCGCCCUCUUACAACAAUCCUUCGGCCGCGAGCUCGACGCCAACGCAUUCUACUCCCGGCUAGAAAAAACGCUCGACUUCGUCAUCGUCGCAGGCGACUAUGUCGGCGCUGCCGUCGUCACCCGGGAGGGCCCAAGCUCUACUACGACCUCCGCCCCCGUCACCUACCUCGACAAAUUCGCCGUCCUCCCCUCCCACCAAGGCGACGGCACCGUCGACUUCCUCUGGGUUGCCUUGCACGACGAGACAUACGGCCUCGGCCUCCCCUUCUCCGCGAACCCGAACGGCGGGCGCGGCGGGCAGGGCGAGGCGUGCGAUCUGGUGUGGCGCUCGCGCGCGGAUAAUCCGGUGAAUAAGUGGUACUUUGAGCGCAGCUCUGGGCAUGCACGCGAGGGGAACUGGGUGCUGUUCUGGUGCGACGCGGAGAAGCCGCUGCAGAUGGAGGAGGCCCGUCGGGGGAGCAAGGGGCUGUCGUUCAUCGAGGAUUGGGAGCGCGGACGGCUGGAGCGGUGGAAGGAGGUGGUGAUGAAGAUACCCUCGGUGUGGGCGAAGUGAGUGGAGACUCUGGUACCCACGGAGCUGGAUGGUGAAUGGGAAGGAUGGAAGGUGAAGCUGAGAUGUAUAUAAUUCAAUAUGUAUUCUUGCUUAGAUUGUAGUCAUAGUUCGGUGUCCUUUCGACAUUGUAAUGCGGAGUAGUAGAAGACGAUUGCUGGCCUCUUGGGACUCUCUGCUCGGUCGUCGGAUAAGUGGCGAGGUGU